GCCCACCUGCUGUCCUGCGUGCAUCAUUCACAGACUGCACUAGUUAGAAAGAGCCAAAUUGCAAAAUAUGGUCCCUCUUCCAUUAUCAACUCUCUCUUUCUUAACUCUCUGUUCAUCUUCUGCUAUUAGUUUUCACUUUUCACCCAUAGCUGAAAUUUGUUCUUCAAAGCAUUGGAGAGGAACCUCAACAAGCAUACUUCGUCUUCUUUCUUGGAUUUUCUUUAGCUAGCUCUCUCUCUCUCAUUUUGUCUCUUUCUUCAGGCUUUCAAAGGAUGAUCCAAGAUGUAUGACUAUUGAUUGCGGCUGUUUGCUUGAUUAUUUCUGGUUUUGCUUGCAAGUCCACGGAGGAUAUUGUCUAGAAUUUCCAAUUCAAUAUCUUGGAUUAUCUUUGAAGUUACUCUCAUGAUUUGUUUCAUGAUUGAUACUUGAGAAGCUAUUAGUUUAAUUGAAGAUAUAGUUAGUUGGUGUUAUUGUGGAAGUAAUGGAGCAAAAAGAGGGAGAGAGCUGGAGGGAAUUGGUGAGAAAGAUGCUUCCUCCAGGUGCUUCUCUUCCUGAGGAUGAUACUAAACUUGAUUACUCCAUAGCUAUAGAGUAUCAUGGUCCUCCGGUCCCUUACAAGGUUCCUAAAGUUGAACCUCUUGAUGUAAGUUCUCAUGCAAUCCCAACUGCAGAACAACUUUCAGAGUCGCAAAGAUCAGCUGAAAAUGUUAGUCCUCCAAUAAUUGAACCAAUACCUUUGCCCGUGUCUUGUAUAGCUGGUGUCACAAGCUCACCCAUUCAAAGCCCCAGAGUAUCAGCAAGCUCGGAGUCAGAGGUGUCUGUGUUGCAAAACCCAGAUUUUUCUUCUGCUUCAGCUUCAGCUUCACCAGGUUCAGUCCAUAUUCCUUCUAAUCAUCCUCCAAAACAAGUGGUCAAUGAAGUGAAGAGAAUACCAGUUGUUACAUUUAAUACAGUUGAUAGAUCUGAGAAGAAAGAUAUUGAUGUGGAGAAGCCAUUUUAUCCUGAGUAUGCUGGGGUUUCCAAAGGAAAGAUGAAGAAAAAGAGUAGAUUCUGUUACAGGUGUGGAAAAGGUAAGUGGGAAACCAAAGAAUCAUGCGUGGUUUGUGAUGCUAAGUAUUGUAGCAAUUGCGUACUGAGGGCUAUGGGAUCAAUGCCUGAAGGCCGUAAAUGUGUGACUUGCAUUGGGGAAGCAAUUGAUGAAUCAAAGCGGUUCAAGUUAGGUAAACAUUCCAGGGUCUUAUCUCGAUUGCUCAGUCCUUUGGAAGUUAAGCAGAUAAUGAAAGCAGAGAAAGAGUGCUCUGCUAAUCAACUUCGACCAGAGCAACUAAUUGUCAAUGGAUUCCCUUUGAAGCCAGAAGAGAUGGCAGAAUUACUUGGAUGCCCAUUACCUCCACGAAAACUGAAGCCAGGUAGAUAUUGGUAUGAUAAGGAAUCUGGUCUCUGGGGAAAGGAGGGGGAAAGGCCAGAUAGAAUCAUAAGUUCAAACUUAAAUUUUACAGGAAAACUCAGUCCAGGUGCAAGCAGUGGGAACACUGAAGUUUAUAUUAAUGGCCGGGAAAUCACCAAACUUGAACUGAGGGUGCUAAAACUAGCAAAUGUCCAAUGUCCGCGUGACACUCAUUUUUGGGUCUAUGAUGAUGGCCGUUACGAAGAGGAAGGCCAGAAUAAUAUCAGGGGAAACAUUUGGGAGAAGGCAUCAACGCGUUUUGUUUGUGCACUUUUCUCUUUGCCCGUCCUUCAUGGUCAACCACUUGGACAGAGAGAUGAGGCUAGUAAUUAUACUACGGUUCCAAAUUAUCUAGAGCAGAAAAGAGUACAGAAACUUCUUCUGCUUGGCCUUGAAGGCUCUGGAACCAGCACUAUCUUCAAGCAGGCCAAAUUUUUGUAUGGAAACAAGUUUAUUGCAGAGGAACUGCAGGAUAUCAAGUUGAUGAUCCAGAGUAAUAUGUAUAGAUAUCUUAGCCUUUUGCUUGAUGGACGGGAACGCUUUGAGGAGGAGGCAUUGUAUAGAAUGAAGGAAUUAGGUGAAGAGCUCGAUCCUAGUGAAACUAGUCAGUGUAUCUAUUCCAUCAACCCAAGAUUGAAGCAUUUUUCUGAUUGGCUGCUAGACAUCAUAGCUACAGGAGAUUUGGAUGCAUUUUUCCCUGCUGCAACGCGUGAAUAUGCUCCAUUGGUUGAAGAAGUGUGGAGGGAUCCUGCAAUACAGGCAACAUAUAGAAGAAAAGAUGAGCUUCACUUUCUUCCAGAUGUUGCGGAGUACUUCUUAAGUCGGGCAGUUGAGGUCUCCAGCAACGAAUAUGAACCUUCUGAACGUGAUAUCAUCUAUGCAGAAGGGGUCACCAAAGAGAAUGGUUUGGCUUUCAUAGAAUUUUCCCUUGAUGAUUGCAGCCCAAUGUCUGAAACAUACACAGAUAAUAUGGAAGCUCCACCCCCACCUCUUACAAAAUACCAACUUAUUAGGGUAAAUGCAAAGGGGAUGAAUGAGGGUUGCAAAUGGGUGGAAAUGUUUGAAGAUGUCAGUGUAGCAGUGUUCUGUGUUGCCCUCAGUGACUAUGAUCAGAUGUGUCUUGCACCGGAGAGUGGUGGCAGUGGAUCGCUACUUCAGAACAAGAUCAUGCAAAGCAAGGAGCUGUUUGAGGCUAUGAUCAGGCACCCUUGCUUCAAGGACACUCCUUUUGUCUUGAUACUUAACAAAUAUGAUCUCUUUGAAGAGAAGGUUAAUCGGAUACAUCUAAGUUCUUGUGAGUGGUUCAAUGAUUUCAGUCCUGUGCGACCGCACCACAACAAUCAGACACUUGCUCACCAGGCAUACUACUAUGUUGCAAUGAAGUUCAAAGAUCUCUAUGCAUCCCUCACAGGUUGUAAGCUUUUCGUGUGGCAAGCUAGGGCUAGAGACCGUGUGACCAUUGACGAGGCAUUUAAGUACAUAAGGGAAGUUCUCAAGUGGGAUGAGGAGAAAGAUGAUAAUUACUAUGGUGGAGCUGAGGACUCAUUUUAUAGUACUGACUUGAGCUCAUCACCAUUUGUUAGGCAAGAAUGAUGUGCUUUUGAAUUCUUACUUUCAUUUGAUUUAUAGGUAAAGAAAAGUGCAUAAAGAAAAAAAAAAAAAAGAUAUGAUCAGCAAUACUCUUAAGGUUACUUGUUUAUCUUGUGUAACAUCAACUCUAAUGACGGUAUUGGUGGGGCUGUUCCAAGUUGAAUCUUGAAUGCCUUCUGUCCAGUGGUAAAUUAAUGGGGUAAAUUACUUUUUCA